AUGCAGCUGCCCCAGCUCGUGGUCCCCCCUCCCAGCCGGGUCCCCCUUGUGUGGAUGCCCGCCGGCUCCAACUUCCUCUGUGUCGAGAUGAAUCGUCCAAUCCAAGUGAAACCAGCAGAUAGCGAAGGCCGGGGAGAAGACAGGAAGCUCUUUGUAGGCAUGUUGGGGAAACAACAAAGUGAGGACGAUGUCCGGCGACUCUUUGAACCCUUCGGACAGAUUGAAGAAUGCACCAUCCUCCGAGGCCCUGAUGGAGCCAGUAAAGGAUGUGCCUUUGUCAAAUACGGAAGCCACGCAGAAGCUCAAGCCGCCAUUAGCACUCUCCAUGGGAGUCAGACCAUGCCGGGUGCAUCCUCCAGCUUAGUUGUGAAGUUUGCCGACACAGACAAGGAACGAACUCUGCGGCGGAUGCAUCAGAUGGCAGGACAGCUGGGCAUCUUUAAUCCCAUGACGAUCCAGUUUGGAGCCUAUGGAGCAUACACACAAGCGAUAAUGCAGCAGCAGGCAGCGCUCAUGGCUGCUGCACAAGGAAGUUGCCUCAACCCCAUGGCAGCCAUCGCAGCAGCACAGAUGCAGCAGAUGGCUGCCUUCAACGUGAGCGGCUUGGUGGCGGCUUCCAUGACACCCUCAUCAGGUACAAGCACACCUCCAGGGAUCAGCGCAGCUCCAGUCCCCAGCAUAGCUACACCCAUUGGGGUCAAUGGGUUUAGCCCUCUCCCACCACAGACUAACGGACAGCCAGCAUCGGAAACCAUUUACACCAAUGGGAUCCAUCCGUACCCAGCUCAAAGUCCCACCGUGGCAGACCCUCUGCAACAAGCCUACGCAGGCAUGCAGCACUAUGCAGCAGCAUAUCCAGCCGCCUAUGCACCAAUCAGCCAAGCCUUCCCACAGCAAACUCCCAUCAUCCCCCAGCAACAGAGAGAAGGUCCUGAAGGCUGUAACCUCUUCAUUUAUCACCUGCCCCAAGAGUUUGGCGAUGCAGAACUCAUGCAGAUGUUCCUUCCUUUUGGCAGCGUCAUCUCUGCCAAAGUCUUUGUUGAUCGUGCCACCAACCAAAGUAAAUGCUUUGGUUUCGUCAGUUUUGACAAUCCAACUAGUGCCCAGGCAGCCAUUCAAGCCAUGAACGGCUUCCAGAUCGGCAUGAAAAGGCUAAAGGUCCAAUUAAAGAGGCCAAAAGAUGCAAAUCGACCCUACUGA